AGUUAGAACAUACACCUAGCUGCCAUCCAGCACCUUUCACCGAAUUUUCCAGGAUAUAUCUCACCAUGCACGGUCAAAACUACAGCAAAGCAACGCAAGGAGUGUGUCUAGUGGCUCUGAUUCUUAUGCAUCAGGUAAAGCACUUUUGAUCAUUAUUUUAUCGUUUUCUUUUCAAUAGUGUUGUUAACCAUAUUUAACCAGUAGUGAAACCGUAAUGCUAAAUGUUGUUGAUGUAUACACUUUGUAUGGCAGGUGUGUGCUAGUCAAAUAGGAAGCCAUGAUUCAAGGCUGAGCCUCCAGCAGGGCACCAAGCUACUGCAACGGAGAACCCGCAUGACCCCUCUGUGGAGGUUCAUGGGUACCAAGCCCACUGGGGCCUACUGCCGAGACCAUUUUGAGUGCUCCACCCAAAUCUGCAGGUAAGAUAUAGUUAACUUCCUUGGCUUUAUACAUUAGCUAUCAUUUGAUUGUUUUGUUUUUCCAUUUAUGUUGAUCGACUGUCAUUUUUCUCCUGGUGUAGAAGGGGCCACUGUGCCCUCAAUGGGGCGGUUCAUUCCUAGAAGUGGAGGAGCCAGAGGUUUCUUCUCACCAAUCAGAGAACAUUGACUAAUGUUUUAAUAAAGUUGAUUUACGUAACAAGCCUGUCAAGAAACUUCACAGACAUGGUGAAACUUCUCAGAUUGCAAACUUAUUUUUUUUUAAUGUAGGCCAGGGAUUAAACAUUUUGAAAUUAGAGGAAUGGUUUUAUCAACUUGGUGUAUAUUCAUCUCACAUGUACUUGAAAGCACUUUAACUUACCAUUUAUAUGUAUGUACUGUAUAAUACUACAACUCAAGAGCCUUGAAACUAUUUUUUUUUGUAUUUUAUUUGGUAUUUUAUUAGGAUCC